UCAAACGGAAAGAGGGACGGAGACGCGCACUGUGUAGCAUCAUGGCUGCUUCCACUCGGUCUCAGGUGAUUUCUCUCUACAAGAUGAUGCUGAAGGAGAGCAGCAGGUUCCCCUCCUACAACUACAGGACGUAUGCACUGCGGCGUGUUCGUGAUGCCUUCAGGGCCAACAGGGAAGUGGAAGAUCCAAAAACGGUGGAGCGGCUGAUGGGAGGAGAGCAGAUGCUGGUGCUGAUUCAGAGACAGGUGUCCAUCGGGAAAAUGUACGAGGCUCAGCGGACAGUGGUGGACGCGCCGUGA